AUGAAUAAAACAACUUCAAUCCUUACAAAUACUGCUGUUAAUAAUGGAGGAGGAGUAGGUAGAAUCGGCGAAGAAAAUAAUGAUAAAGAUGGAGAUGAUAAAGGAUUUGCAAGUUAUCAAGAUUUUGUUAAAAAAUUUGAAAAUACGAGUAUAGGAGGAAUCUAG